CGGCGUUUAAUUUUUGAAUAGAGAGAGUGUAAAAGUGUGAAAAUGCGUUCACUCUGACCCAACUGCAAACCCCGACUCCGAAAUUUCUUCCGCUCUGGCGGGAAAAACCUCAGCAUUGGGCACAACUUUCCUCUCUCUGUCUCUGAGAACAUUUUCAUACCAUGGAUGGCGAUGAUAUAUCUUCUAAUCAAGUCAUCGAAAGACUAAUUGAAAUGGGAUUUGAGCAUUCCGCUGUCACAGAAGCUGUAAAAGCAAAAGGGUCAUCUUUGGAUGAUGCACUUGAGUAUGUCUUGAAUGGUCCUCGUAGAAAUAGUGGGGGUACAUCAAUUAGUUCCACCUGUUCCACAAGCAAUGGCAAGGCUGUGCAAAAAAGAGCCUUGUCCUCCUUGCAUCCUUCAAGUCAAACACGCCAGUCUAGCAUACUGAACCAUUUCCAAUUCACAGCUAGACCCAAACGGAACAGGGUUGAUGUUCUAUCUGAUGUGUUGGUUUUGGGAUCAAACGUAUUGCCUUCUUGUGUAGAAGAACCUAAAGAUCUUUCUGGUAUUGGUCGUAACUUUAAAUCUGAGGUAGAGCCAUUUCUAGUUGAUUGCCCUCGAGAGUUGGAAAUUGGAUCAGAUUGGGAGAAGAAAGUUACCAGUCUCUUGCAAAAGCAUUUUGGUUAUUCAUCCUUAAAAAAUUUCCAAAAGGAAGCCUUGGCUGCUUGGUUAGCUCACCAAGACUGUCUUGUCCUUGCAGCAACAGGGUCUGGGAAAUCACUGUGUUUCCAGAUUCCAGCAUUAUUAACAGGGAAGGUUGUAGUGGUUAUUUCACCCUUGAUUAGCUUGAUGCAUGAUCAGUGCUUAAAACUAGCCAAACACGGGGUGUCUGCUUGCUUUCUUGGAUCUGGGCAACCCGACAGUACUGUGGAACAGAAAGCGAUGCAAGGCAUGUAUAGCAUAAUAUAUAGUUGCCCAGAGACAGCUUUAAGAUUGAUAAAACCACUUCAGAGGCUUGCGGAAAGUCGUGGAAUUGCUUUGUUUGCAAUUGAUGAAGUCCAUUGUGUUUCUAAGUGGGGCCAUGAUUUUCGGCCUGAUUACAGGCGAUUGUCUUUAUUACGAGAGAACUUCAGUGCUAGCAGUUUAAAAUUCUUGAAAUUUGAUAUACCGCUGAUGGCAUUGACUGCUACUGCCACAACACAGGUUCGAGAAGACAUUCUCAAGUCUCUACGCAUGUCAAGGGAAACAAAGACUGUGCUUACUUCAUUUUUCCGGCCAAAUCUUCGGUUUUUGGUAAAACAUAGUAGAACAUCGUCACCAUCUUCCUAUGAGAAGGAUUUCCGUGAACUGAUAGACAUAUAUGUCAGAAAGAGAAAGAGUGCUGGCAAGAAACAGACUGUAAUCUCACAAGAAUUAGAUGAUGCAUCUGAUGGCUCUGAGAAUGGUAGUAUAUCUGAGGCAGAUAGAAGUUCUCCAAAUGAUUUGGACAACAUUGAGGAUUCCUAUUCUGGCAGUGAUGAUGAAGAAGUAUAUGCAGUGAAGGAAAAUGGUUCAAUAGCUUCAAAGGGAAAAGAAAUGUCAGUUGAAUAUUUGGAAAAUGAUGUUGACAUUUUUCAGGGUGUGGAUGAUUGGGAUGUUGCCUUUGGUGAAUUCUCUGGACAAUCUCCUCCUGCAUGCUGGGAUUUGGGUGGGCUAUCUGAGACAAUUGAUCCACCAAACAAACCAGAAGAAAGACUAAGACUUCUGCGUGAGCCUUUAGAGCAAGGACUAACUAUUAUAUAUGUUCCUACUAGAAAAGAAACAUUGAGGAUCACAAAAUAUCUUUGUGGGUUUGGUGUGAAAGCUGCUGCUUAUAAUGCUUCGUUGCCAAAAUCACAUUUAAGGCGGGUUCACAAGGAAUUUCAUGAAAACUCUUUAGAGGUUGUUGUUGCAACAAUUGCUUUUGGAAUGGGGAUUGACAAAUUAAAUGUCCGAAGAAUUGUCCAUUAUGGUUGGCCACAGAGUUUGGAGGCAUAUUAUCAAGAAGCAGGUCGAGCUGGCAGGGAUGGGAAAUUAGCAGAAUGCACUCUAUAUGCAAACCAAACACGAGUGCCAUCACUCUUGCCGAAUAAAAGAAAUGAAGAUCAGACUAAAAAAGCAUAUAAGAUGCUAUCUGACUGCUUCAGAUAUGGCGUGAAUACUUCUUGCUGUCGGGCUCAGACACUUGUGGAGUACUUUGGGGAGGAUUUAAGGGAGAAGUGUCUAUUGUGUGAUGUUUGCGUUGAUGGACCUCCUGAAAUGCAGAAUUUGAAAGAGGAGGCUGAUCUUUUGAUGCAGGUUAUUGCAGCUCAUUAUGAUAAGAGCAGUUUCAUGGAUGGGUUAUAUGAUGAUACCAUGUGCACUGACAUUAAGCAACGGAGAUCUACAGAAAUGCCAAACCUCAGAGUGCUUGUCAGUAAAAUAAGGGAGCAGUCUCAAAAAUUUGUGGCAACUGAUCUGCGUUGGUGGCAAGGUCUUGCACGAAUUAUGGAAGAUAAAGGGUACAUCCGAGAGGCAGAUAACAAGAUUCAUGUUCAGAUUAAAUUCCCAGCGCCAACAAAACUUGGCUUGGAGUUUUUGCAAUCUAGUAGGGAGCAACCUUUCAAUGUUUAUCCUGAAGCAGAUAUGCUGCUCUCAGUGAGCAAGCCCAAGUCUUAUUCAUCUUUUGCAGAAUGGGGAAGAGGCUGGGCAGAUCCUGAGAUCCGUCGUCAACGCUUAGAGAGAAUGCAAGUGCAACCGAAUAGAAAGCUGGAUGGGGCACGUGGUUCACGGAAACAAAAGCGUCGAGCACCACGAAAGUCACACGGUAGAAAAUCAAACAAACAGAACCCAUCUUCAAGAACUGUUCGAGGAAGGAUAGAAGCAAAAUUAUCAAAAUACAAGUGACUAAUCAAGGCCAUUGAAUUUGUUGAAGCGUACAGUAUAUGUAUUGAAUGUACAAUUGAGUUGUUUUGAUGGUUAGAUAUCAAUGCUUGAAAUUGGAAAGCGCAGAGUUUGGUACAUAACCGCAUAUUGAAUUUGAAAUCAA